AUGGAGAGAAGCAAUCACACGGUCACUGAGUUCAUCCUGGUGGGCUUCACGACAGACCCUGUGAUGCAUCUGGUCCUCUUUGUGAUGUUCCUUGGUGUCUACUCUGUGACCCUGGUAGGAAAUACCACUCUCACGGUGUUGAUCUGUAAUGACUCAAGGCUGUACACACCCAUGUACUUUUUCAUUGGGAAUCUGUCUUUACUGGAUCUCUGGUAUUCCUCUGUCUACACCCCAAAGAUCCUUAUGACCUGCAUCUCUGAAGACAGGAGCAUCUCCUUUCCUGGCUGUGCAGCUCAGUUCUUCUUCUCUGCUGGGCUCGGGUACAGUGAGUGUUACCUAUUGGCUGCCAUGGCUUAUGGCCACUAUGUGGCCAUCUCCAACCACCUGCUGUAUGCUCAGGCCAUACCAAGGAGAUGGUGCAUCUGCUUGGUUAUCUACUCCUACACUGGAGGUUUUGUCAAUGCAAUAAUACACACCAGCAACACACUCAAUUUGAGUUUUUGUGGUGACAAUGUUGAUGACUUUUUCUGUGAUGUCCCACCCCUGGUGAAGUUGGCAUGUGAUGUGAAGGAGACCUACCAGGAUGUGCUGUACUUUCUCCUGGCCUCCAAUGUCAUCACACCAGCUCUGCUCAUCCUGGCCUCCUGCCUCUUCAUCAUCGCUGCCAUCCCGAGGAUCCACUCUCCCCAGGGCCACUUUAAAGCCUUCUCCACCUGCUCCUCCCUGGCCUCUGUCACCUUGUACUGUGGCUCCACUCUCUACAUCUACUCUCACCCAGAGUCCCUCGAGAGGGACAAAUUGGUGCCCACAUUUUACACUGUGCUGUUCCCCAUGCUGAACCCCAUGCUCUACAGUCUGAGGAAUAAAGACGUGAAAGAAGCUCUGAAGAAACCCUUCAAGGUAACAUAAUGUGAAGUCUAAAUUACAUACAUUUCUCAAAUCAGUGCUCAGUGCAAGUAAAUUGCUUCAGGAGAGGCAUAUGGAGAGGCAUUAAUAAAACAUUUGUUUAUCUAGUCAAAGAAAUCCAGUGAAAAAUAUUUUCUUUUGUUGCAUUGCUUUGUUUUACUUUAAUGAUCAUGCUAUAAUCUAUUCUACAAAAGAUGGAUUCAAUGUAGUAUUAGUGUAUUUUUCAAAGAACAACAUCAAGGUUUAAUGUGAUAUAGAAUAUUAUGUAUUGCUUCUGGAAUCCCAAAUGGUU